ACCGGGAUCUCUCCCCAGCAGCUCUGGUGCUCCAACUAUUUCUGGGAAUAGAAGGAAAGGAGACAAGGGGUGGAAUAGCAGAUACAGGACAAGGAGAUUCCCUCUGAACACACAACUCUGCCCCUCGCUUCUAUGAGACCGCUGCUUUUUGGGGGUGCACUACGGAUAAGAACCCCUCAUAUCUCUUCAGUCCAGCUUGAAAUGGAUCUGUCUGGAUGACGUCCACCCGCUAUUUCCCACAAUUGGAGCCACAUGUCACCUUUUAUUACAUUACCUUCAGCUUGUAAUCCUAACGCUGCAGUCAUAUAUUCUGCAUGGGGUGCUAGAAGGUUUCAUUUGUAAAUGAUUAACGUAUGCAGAAGUUUUAGGGAAACUCUGGCAUAUUCUCACUCCUGGAGACGCUGCUGCUUACAUGCUUAGUUAUUUAUUGCACAAUCCGCAUAGUUUCAUAUACUUAUCACAGUUAUCCAUCUUGCUGUCCCUCUUGGAGUCAUUGACACCUGUCAGACUGAUACAUUCCCGCUAUGGUUACCUUGUGUCUCCGGGGAUCUAGGCUGAUUUUGGUCCUAUGGUUUCUUGGCAGCCAUUCAUUGCCCCAUGGAGAAGUGACAACCCCAGUGCUCAUUCCUGGUCAUGAUGGAAAGGUCACCUUGAGGUUCUCUGCUGUAGGUGAGCAAAUGUCAUUCCAUCUUUCUCCAGAUGAUGAGUUCCUUGCCCCAGGUCUUCUCAUCAGACACUUAGGCAGAGGCAAUGUUGAGGAUGAAAGGACAUCCAGCAUUAGGAACUGCUUCUACUCCAGCCAGGAACCAUUAGCUGCCUUCAGUGUAUGUAAAGGUAUUCAGGGGGCUUUCCUAAAAGGCAGCAAAAGGUUCGUUAUCCAGCCCAUAAAGGAAUGGACAGGUAACGAGACACUUGGUCAACACCUUGUAAUAAAAGCUCAUAGAGUGGGCAGGAAAACUGAUGGCCACAAAGAAGAUGUUAUUACUUCUAAACAGAGACAACAGGGCAUUAGAAGAGUAAAAGACAGCCCAGCAGAAGAACAGAAGAGGGUAGAUGCAGAGAGGCAACAGAGCAUCUUGCAGGUAUCUGCCAACAACUGGAGAAGUGAUUUUUCCUCGCAAGAUGUUACAGUUGAGCACCACCGACACAGGAGGUUUGUGUCUGAAGAACGUUUUGUGGAAAUUUUGUUGGUGGCCGAUGUCUCCAUGGUCCAAUUCUACGGUGAUGAUUUAAAGCUUCAUCUCUUGACUCUGAUGUCUGUGGCUGCUCGGAUCUACAAGCACCCCAGCUUGAAGAACUUUGUCAACCUGGUAGUGGUGAAGGUGUUGAUAGCUGAAGAUGAGGACUUGGGUCCUGAGGUCUCAGACAAUGGAGGCCUCAUCCUACGCAACUUCUGCAAGUGGCAGCAAAGUUACAACCCGGCCAGUGACCGUCACCCGGAUCACUAUGACACAGCGAUCCUCAUCACCCGACAGGAUUUUUGUGGACAUGACAGCUGCGAUACACUGGGGGUGGCUGAUAUCGGAACAGUGUGUGAGCCAAGCAAGAGUUGCUCAGUGAUUGAAGAUGAUGGACUGCAAGCGGCCUACACCCUAGCCCAUGAACUUGCUCAUGUCCUCAGCAUUCCGCAUGACAACUCCAACAACUGCAGGAAGGUGUUUGGCGACCUCGAUAAGCACCACUUGAUGGCUCCCCUGUUCCUGCAGCUGAACAAGUCCAUGCCAUGGUCCCCGUGCAGUGCCAUGCACCUUACAGAAUUCUUUGACAGUGGUCACGGGAACUGCCUGCUGGAUGCUCCAGGAACUUCUAUCGACCUCCCCCUGGAGCUACCCGGAACAUCAGCUCGCUACGACUUGGACAACCAGUGUCGUCAGGUGUUUGGGGAACAGUAUUCACACUGUCCUAACACCAGGCAAGAAGACAUCUGUUCUCAGCUGUGGUGCAAAGUGCAGGAUGAGCUGGUUUGUCACACCAAGAAUGGAAGCCUGCCUUGGGCUGAUGGAACAUCGUGUGGAAAGCAGCAUGUGUGCUGGGAUGGAGUCUGCCAGGAAGAAGAAGAGGUUCUAAAGCCUCAGGUGCCUUUGGAUGGGAACUGGGGCAGCUGGAGCCCAUGGGGAGCAUGUUCCCGGAGCUGUGGGGGAGGUGUUCGUUUCUCCUAUAGAGAGUGUAAUGACCCCCAACCUCAAAAUGGAGGAAAAUAUUGUCAAGGUUUGAGAGCCAAGUAUGAGUCAUGCAACACACAGGAGUGUCCACCAGGAGAGAAGAGUUUCCGAGAUAUUCAGUGUGAAAUAUAUAACUCCAGGGACAGGCAUGGCAAUCUCAUAGAGUGGAUUCCUAAGUACUCUGGUGUGUCUCCACGGGAUAGAUGCAAGCUCAUGUGCCAAGCGCAAGGAGGGAGUGAAUUUAAAGUUUUCCAGUCCAAGGUAGUGGAUGGUACCCUGUGUUGGCCAGACAGCCUCUCCGUGUGUGUGCAGGGUCAGUGUUUCAAAGCUGGAUGUGAUCAUAUAUUAAACUCCACAAAGAAAUUGGACAAAUGUGGAGUCUGUGGAGGUGAUGGAUCGAACUGCAGAAAAAUAACUGGAUCCCUCAGCAAGUUUAAGUACGGAUACACGGAUAUUGUUACCAUCCCGGCUGGUGCCACCGGUAUAGAUGUGAAGCAGCGCAGUCACCGCAGUGUCAUCUAUGACGGCAUCUACUUGGCAAUCAGGAGAGCAGAUGGGAGCUAUCUGCUCAAUGGGGAUUAUGCAGUGUCUUCCAUUGAACAAGAUGUGCAUUUAAGAGGAACCGUGCUUUUAUAUAGUGGCUCUAACACUACACUGGAAAGAAUACAAAGCUUCCAACCCCUCCCAGAACCGCUGACGAUACAACUCCUGCGAGUAGCUGGAGAGUCCGUCCCACCGAAAAUUAAAUAUACAUUCUAUAUCCCUAAGAGUAUCCCUUAUGGCCAAAAGAAAGUCAAGUUAUCCCAUCAUUUACUCAGACCACUCUUAACAUCUCAGUGGGUCCUAGGAGACUGGUCUCAGUGCUCCAAGAGUUGUGGCUCCGGAUGGAAAAGAAGGACAGUGGAUUGUAGAGAUAUGGCUGGAGGGCCAUCAGACCAGUGUCCUCAAGAACUGAAGCCAGAGGACAUUCGAGUUUGUGGGGACCUGCCAUGUCCAAUGUGGAGAGUAGGUAGCUGGUCACAUUGUUCUCAGACCUGUGGGGAAGGAAUAAGGACACAGAGGGUUUAUUGUGUGGAUUAUAUGGGGAAAGAGACAGAGGGAACAUGUGACUCACGGAAACGACCUUCAGGAGCCAUUGUGCCUUGUAAGCUGGAAGAAUGCUGAACACUGUAAGUGAUUUAUGGCAUACAGGCAGCUACAAACAUGGGCCCCAUUGAUGCUGAGGUCAUGGGCAUCUUUCUCUUAGAUCUAAAUGACUCAUGUUUGAUUCAUGUUUAGUUUUUUCCAAUGUGAUAAACUUGUCCUUAAUCAAGAUCUAAGAUACUGAGAUGACCAGAGGAUGACACCAGACUGAGGACCGGACUAAACUUGUCAAGACCUUGUAGAGCAGGUCCUCCUGGCAGCAGUGGGUGUAGGUGUACACUGUGUGACAAAAGCAGGAUAUUGCCCUGCUUCAUUUACAUUUACCUGCAGGACGGAGACACGUGUUGUGUCCCACAUACAUAUUAGAACUAGAAAUCUACCUCAGCAGCCAAUGUGCAGCCUUCUCUAUCAACUCAGUGCUCUUCAUGUACUUUGUAAGCUAUGAGGCGAGGUCAGACUUGGUGUUACAGUAUGUUAAAAGCACAUUGCAUAAUGAUUUCAGUGUUCUCUUCUUCAAGCCAGCACGGUCUAAAAGGAAUGUGUAUGUAAACUGUGUUUCAUCACUUUCUGAACUUUUACGUAAUCGUUUGUUUAUCUCCUACUCAAUAGGACUCAUCUGAGAUAUGGAAUUUUACCAGUCUGGGGCAGAGAUGCACAUUUAUGCUCCUGACAGCGUGAUGAUUAAACAGAUGCUUCUCAUUAAUCUUACCAGAUGACAAAAUAUUAACCCACUAUUUAAUACCGCACUGCAAAUACCUCCAUCACAGGACUUCUCCUCUUAACAUUAGGAAACAAGAUAGCAGAUCUGGCCUGAGUGUCUCUACACCCGAUCUUACUACAAAGAAUGGAGGUGGUGGCAGCAUGCUAUAUGAGAGGAUGGAGAGGGCAUUUUUAUUUUUGUCCUGUUUUGUACACCCAUGUUCAAAAUGUGUCUUGUGAUAUAAAAUCCAUACUUAAUUGGCCUCCAGUAGAUGACCUCCCUAUAAUGAUUCAGAGACAAUGCGUGGGCAGGGCACAUAACAGUGGUGAGGAAACCUGCGGCCAUUUGUGUAGGCUCAGGAAGUGAUCCAUCUGGUUUUAUUGCUUUAUUCACUUGUUCAGACUCCAAAAUGCUUUAUAUAUUGUAGCUUUCUGUAGAAAUAUCUCCUAAAUCUGAACAUCCUCAGGGAGAAUAAGGGUGGAGAAAAUGUAGCUGUCUGGUAACCAGGGGGGUAGGAAAAUGAGACGCCUCCUGUGAUCAGAAAUCACAACCUGUACCAUGAAUAGAUCAUAUUUUGGAUCUUCUUAAGAAAUUAUUAACUUAGGGAGUCUGCCGCUGACUAUUCCUGGGACACAGCAAACAUCAGGAGAUGGUGCAAACAUACUGUGACUUCUCCUUCUCUCUUGGGCUUGUAGAGGCAUAACAGAUAUCGGCUACAAGACUUAGCAUGACAUGUUUCUAGUUUCAACAGCAAUUAGUGCCUGUUACGGUCUGUCAUUUUCUCUUUCAUUACAGCUAUAAUUUCUUCUAAAAUCAAAGAAUCCUCCAAAAACUCUUAAAUCAUUCUCCUCUAUAAAACUUUUAAAAAUUCAAGUUACCACUGUAAUUGUCACCAAAUUUUCCCAGGCUCCACAAUAUCAGCUCUGCCUUGUUAUUCAGUAUUAAGUUCUUUCCCCUCUUCUCACCCAAUAGUGACCGAUGAUAGAGAGCCAUAGAUUGUAUUCACCUGUUCCACAGCCUCUUACCAGCUUGAAACUAAUGAUAAUAGAGAGAAAUUAUAUUAUCCUGCCCUAUAGUCUAUCUUUCCCCAUUCGGAAAUGGCUGACAGGGAGUAAUAGAUUGUAUUCAUCAGUACUACAGUUAAAGGCUUGUUCACAUCACCAUUAUGCAUUCUUUUAUGGUUUUCCGUUAUGACAUGGUUAUAACGGAAAAUAACGGAAUCCAUAAGACGGAAAUCAAAACGAAAGCCUUUAAGAGGCAUUCCGUUUUGAUCCGUCAUAAUAGAAUCCUAUGGGAAAGCCUAAUGGAUCCGUUUGGUUUCUGUUAAGCUGGACGGAAAACAAAGUCCUGUUGACUUUGUACCUCGGAACCAAAGCCGAGUUCGGUUUCAAGUUUUAAAAAUCAACUAUCGAAGUUAGGCUACUUUCACACUAGCGUUCGAGCGGAUCCGUUCU